UAUAUUGGUUACAAAAGCGCUGCAAACCACAAAACAGAAAAUGGCUACCAUUUGAUGGGAAAUGAACAAGUUAGAGAGAAAUAGCUAGUUCUAGUGGAAGCUACAAGACAAUUGAUCGUUCUAUUUUGUAGAUUAGUCCUUCAAGAUCUGAUCUUCUAUUUCCUAUUAUUUUUCACUCGCUGAGAGUUGUGAAAUUCUUCGUUUGCUACUACAGACGGAGCUCUAGGUUUGAAUUACACCCUCCUAAAAAUUGAAAAAAAGGUCAAGUAAAGGCUUUUGAAGACUCUCUGCCGGCUACUGAUACUACAGCAAGUCCCUAAAGAAGCUUUAAAGGCGAUCUAUAGUGCCUAUAAUGUAAUCAAGCCUUCGUUUGUCUGGAAUAUUUUUUUUUACCGUGGAGCAAGACAAGAAAUCGCCCAUGGCAGAAGAUAUCCCCCCUACUAAAAAACUACGGUUGGACUCCACAGCAAGUGAAGGGUCUGCAGAAGUGCUGAGUCAAUUUCUGAACGAUUUAGACAACCUACCCGAUCUCUCCUCUUUGGACGGUCUUGCUGGGAAUGAUACGAGUGGUCUCGUUAAUUCAACCUUAAAUGCAAAUCCUUCUCUAUCUCUUCAGCAGCAGAAUGUUCCGAACGCCUCUGUCACUCUCACUCCAACUCAGAAUCAUCAAAGGUCCAACGUUUCCCCAAGUGUCACACCACCUGUUGCGAGUCAAGUACCCACCCCCUAUAGUGCUACACCUCCUCAAACGCAGCCACCCUCUAUGAACCACGCUACUCCGAAUGCCACCAUUAACAUGUACAACAACAGCCCUCGUGGAGAUGUCAAUUCCUCGAUGUAUUCCAGUUACAAUGCUUCGGGCAACGCUCCGAGCCCUCAACCGAUAGCGGUCAGCACUUUAGGUGACCCCACACCUGCCCUACCGUCAGUCAGCUCCACCCCUGCUCACGGAAUUGUAUCCAUGGCACCCUCGAGCUCGAUGCAAAACUUUGACCCGAUGGCCAGAAAUGUUACUCCUAUGAUGACAAAUUCACCUGGUAUGUCUCAACAGCCUGGAAUGGUGGGCGGGGCUCCCAUGUACCCUAGCUCUGGAGCGAGAAUGGCAAUGCCUCAAGGCUACCAAGGUAGUCAUCCUGGGAUGCACCACCCUGGAAUGCACCCCAGCCAAAUGCGAUUGCAACAAGGCGGAGGAAUGAUGGGACCGACGAUGCAAGGUGCAAUGACACGUCACGUUAACCACCCAGGGAUGACGAUGGACGGUGGACAAAUAGGACGGCCUGGAAUGGUCCCACAGAUGAGCCCUCAGGGUAUGCACCCUCAAAUGCGAGCCCAGUACAACUACGUUCAGCAGCACAGAACAAUGCAAAACCCCGUGCACAUGAACCCUGGAAUGCAUCCUGGGAUGAGAAGACAGGUGCACAUGUCACCUGGUGGCCAGCAAGUAAUGAGUCCUGGGAUGAGAAUGGCCAACCCUAGUGGAAUAAUGUACGGCAGACCUCCUGGAGCAAUGUACAACGUCCCUCAGAAUCAGAUCCAAACCAACCACCGUGGAUUCGCUCCAACUCCUGAGCAGACGUCUCAUAUGCAGCAGAGUAAUGCUAUGAGUCAGCCACCAGUUCCAGUCACUGGCAAUCCAGCAACCUCCCAGGGUGGACCAUUGGCUCAGAAUGACUCUUCUUUCAACAGUGGACAACAGCCACAUCAAGGCAUCCCUCAGAGCAGUGGCCCUCUUCUAGGUGGAGCUGUAUCCCAAGCCCCUCCCACUUUUCAGCAGACCACGCCCAACAAUGCCCUGCCAGGCUCAACUGGCGGGACCCCUUCUCUCCCAGGACGCACCAACAUGCAGGGAAUGACUUCUGUUGAUGAUAAUCUAUUGUCUCAGAAUCAGCAGCAGCAGCAACAACAGCAGCAGCAGCAACAGCAGACAACCUCUCAAGCAACUGGGGGGAUGCCUAACCACCGUGUCCCCACCCCACCCCCUCCUGGAUCCAUCCACGUACAGAAUCUAUUCCCGGGUGGUGGAAACAAGCUACCACCGGGGGCUCCCCCUAACCAGACCUCGGACCCUGAGAAGAGGAAGCAGAUUCAACAGCAGUUGGUGCUCCUACUCCAUGCUCACAAGUGCCAGAGGAGGGAGAGAGAUCAACAGGCGAGCGGUGAAUAUCGACCGUGUACCCUCCCACACUGCAAGACCAUGAAGAGUGUGCUCAAUCACAUGACUGAGUGUCAGGCAGGAAGAUCCUGCACCUAUGCACACUGUGCCACGUCUCGUCAGAUCAUCAAUCACUGGAGGAACUGUAUGCGUCCUGACUGUCCUGUGUGUCUACCUCUCAAGCACCCUACACAGCAACAGCAACAACCACAACAGAAACAGCUUACUGGAGGUCAGCCACUUGAUCUCGUUGGGUCUCAGUUUCCAAGUGGCUCUCCGGACAGUGGGCUAUUCGGACUGCCUCAGGGUGGUGGAAUGGGACUGGGACCCACUCCCGGUGGUGGUAUCGGGCAAAAUUCUGGUUCCAUAAUGCAAGGGCCUAACAUGCAACCUCACAUGCCCGGAAGAGGAAUGGACCCAACUAGAACAAUGUUUCCAGGGCCAGGACAGGGAAACAACAUGGGCGGCUACAAUCCUGGAGCAGUUCCUGGCCUGGGAGGACCACCGCAAUCAAGCUUCCCCCUCCCCAUUCCACAGAUCACGAGCAAUCCCACUCAAGCGUGGCACUCUCUUGUGAGCCCUGACCUCAGGCAGCACCUCGUUAGAAAACUAGUGGAGGCCAUCUAUCCUGUACAUGAUCCCACUGCUUUGAGAGAUGCUCGAGUCAAGAGUCUUAUCCAGUAUGCCAUGAAGGUUGAGAAGGUGAUGUUUGAGGCAGCUCAGAGCAGAGAGGAGUACUACAAGCUAUUGGCUCAGAAGAUCUACCUCAUCAGGAAAGAGCUGGAGGACAGAAAGAGAAACAAGAGCAGAGGUGGUCAUAUGAUGAACGGAGGAGACCCUUCCCACCAGGGUUACCCCGGGCAACCCUCCUCCAUGCAAACCAGUAGUGGCCAAUACCAGAUGCCACCCACACCAGCCUCCAAUAUGAACCCCCCCUCUGUUACAGGCAACUCCUCGCCCCAUCCAAACAUCAACAGCGAUCUGCCCCCAGGGUUCCCUCCCACUCCUAUCCAUUCCGUUGACGUCAAGAAGGAACAUCCCAACCCUAACGACCCGUCUGCUCAAAUCAGUAUCCCUUCUCUGCCUUCCUCGGUGAAAUCUGAGUUUAAGACUGAACUUCUCUCUCCCACUUAUCCCCCGGGCUCUAUCACCGGCCCACCGCUCUCUCAACAGCAGCAGAUCAAGACAGAGCUCAACCCGAGCAUUCCCCCUCCCUCCGACAACAUUCCCAGUGUGCCACAGAGUACUGGUGUUCCGAGUGUAAAGAGAGAGUCUAUUUCUGAGAUGCCGCCACCAUCUGCCAAACCUGCCACGCCCUCCAUCCCCAUGGAUACCAAUACACCACGGUCCCCUGCUGUCGGUACUAACUGGAUUAAAUCCGAUCCUGCCCUUAGAAAAGUGUUCUCCAUUGAUGAGCUUGAGGCGGCACUGAGGCCAGUGUUUAGUGCAGUAUGGAACCAAGACUUGGAGUCUUUUCCAUUCCGGAACCCCGUUGACCCCAUGCUGCUUGGAAUACCCGACUACUUUGAAGUGAUCAAGAACCCUAUAGACCUCACCACCGUCUCCAACAAGCUCUCUAGCGGGGAGUACAAGAGUGGAUGGGAGUUUUGCCAUGACAUGUGGCUCAUGUUUGACAAUGCGUGGGCCUACAACAAGAAGACAUCCAGAGUGUAUAAAUACUGCAGCAAGCUGUCAGAGGUCUUUGAUCAGCACAUCGAUGGAGCCAUGAAGCAACUGGGGUACUGCUGUGGCAUGAGGUACACCUACCAUCCUCAAGUGCUCUACUGCUACGGUAAACCACUGUGUACCAUUCCAAGGGACUCCCCCUACUAUGGCUGUCAAAACAGGUAUAUUUAUUGCCCCAAGUGCUUCAGUGAGAUCCAGGGGGACACAGUGACGGUGGGGGAUGACCCUCUAUCCGCUACUAGGAUACCGAAGUUACAGUUCAAGGAGUUGAAGAACAACGCCAUAGACAGAGAACCAUUUGUGGAGUGUGUCCACUGUGGUCGUCAGAUGCACCAGAUCUGUGUGCUUCACCAUGACCAGAUAAGGCCUGGGGGCUACCAGUGCGACAGCUGCCUCUCUGCUCUGGGCAAGAAGAAGAAAGAAAACAAGUUUGUUCCCAGGCGCCUCCCUGUUACGAAGUUGAGCUCUUACCUCGAGGAGAGAGUCAAUACCAUCCUCGUUGACGAGAACUCUGGAGCGGGUAAUAUCACCAUCCGAGUGGUCUCCUCCUCCGACAAGACGCUGGACACACGCCCCCUCAUGAGGGAUAGGUUUGCAGGGGAUUUCCCCGCUCAGUUCCCCUAUCGGACCAAGGCCAUGUUUGUGUUUGAGGAGAUUGACGGCGUGGACGUUUGCUUCUUUGGCAUGCACGUUCAGGAGUAUGGGUCAGACUGUCAGGCUCCAAAUACCAGGCGUGUGUACAUCUCCUACCUGGACAGUGUGCACUUCUUCAAGCCCAGACUCUUCAGAACCAAAGUCUACCACGAGCUUCUCAUUGGUUACCUGGAGUUCUGUAAAUCCAAUGGAUUCAUGACGGCUCACAUUUGGGCAUGCCCCCCCAGCGAGGGAGAUGACUACAUUUUCCAUUGCCACCCCCUCGAGCAGAAGAUCCCCAAGCCCAAGAGGCUGAGUGACUGGUACAGGAAGAUGCUCGACACUGCCAAGGAGAUGAACGUCAUCUAUGACUAUAAAGAUAUAUUCAAAAACUGUACUGAUGAUGGGGUUACCUUGGUGACAGAGCUGCCAUACUUUGAGGGUGACUUUUGGCCAAAUGUUCUGGAAGAAUUCAUCAAAGAACUUGACCAGGAAGCCAGGGAGAGAGAAGCCUCAGAGUUAGCAUCUGAGGUCCCAAAGAAAGCUGGCAAGCGUGGCACUAACAAGAAGGGCAGUAAGAAAGCUAGUGGAGCUCGAAACAAGUCCACCAAAAAGGGUGGUAUCAUGCUGGGUGGUGACGACCUCUCCUCCAAGGUUUACCAAACCAUGGAUAAGCACAAAGACGUUUUCUUCACUGUCCUCCUGCACCCCCCCUCCUCUGACUCCUCCCCCCUCCCCGGGACUACAGACCCGGACCAACUCAUCAACUGUGACCUCAUGGACGGGAGAGAUGCUUUCCUCACUAUGUCACGUGAGAGGCACUGGGAGUUCUCGUCGCUGAGACGCGCCAAGUUCUCGUCCAUCUCGAUGGUCUAUGAGCUACAUACUCAGAGCGAGGACAAGUUCAUGUACAACUGCAACAGCUGUCACUUGGACGUGGUGGCCAGAUAUCACUGCACUGAGUGUGACGACUUUGACCUUUGCAUCAAGUGCUACAAGGAUGUUAGCCAUAAACACCAGAUGGUGAAACUAGGACUUGAUAUUGACGACCCACAAUCUAACGAAUCGAAGCAGCUGGACCCACAGAAAGCUCGCCAGGCCUCGAUUGAGAAGUGCAUUCGUGCUCUGAUACAUGCCACCCAGUGCAGGGACCCUCACUGCAAGCAACCCAGCUGUAUCAAGAUGAAGAAAGUACUCACUCACACCAGGGAAUGCAAACUCAUGCUUGCCAGAAAAUGGAACCAGUGUACCAUCUGCAAACAGUUUGUCCUGCUCUGUAUCUCUCAUGCCAAGAACUGCACUGACGAUGCUUGUCGUGUACCUCUCUGUGCUACCAUCAAAAAGAACCUCAAGGAGCAGCGAAAACAACGGACUGUGGAAACGAACCGAUUUGCUCAGCAGAGGGUAGCACGUAUGGCUAAUAUGCUCACCAGUAAUGGCUCCUCUGGCGGUAAUGCUUCAUCUCCACAACAGUCAUCCUCAACUCACGUCUCGCCACAGGGGAAGAAUCCAAACCCAGCCGCUCCCUCUCCAGUUGCCCCUCGAUCUGUCGGUAAAGGAGGCCCCAAGACGCCUGGCACACCCGGAGGAAAAGGACGAAUGAUGACCAAUCCUUCGUCCGUUGGAAUGGGUGGAGCCACUGUCCCUGGCCUAGCACAAGCUGGCAAGCCUGAGCAGAACAUGCAUCCUGUGCCUCCUAAUGUUACUGUGACGCAGUCCCCACGGAUGGAUGGAGAGAUGCAAAUCAAGAAGGUGUCAAGUCCACCUAUCGAGCAGCUGGUUGCAAUGCUUAGAGACCCUAAUAAAAGAGAAAUGGCACAACAGUACCUUAACAGCAACCCUGAAUUGAAGCAACGAGUUCAAAUGGUGUUGAACAGUACUAGAGUGAACCCUCAGAACAUGAUGUAUCACAACCCGACAGGUGGAAAUCCGAUGUACAACACUCAACAGAUGCGAACGAAUGCAAUGUACCACUCUCACUCAAACUAUGGGCACCCACAGCAACAGCAACAGAUGAUGCGAUACCCCGCCAACCACCCUCAAUAUCCCAUGUCCACUCAGACUAGAAUGGCCCCAGGUAACUAUCCUCCUCAACGAACUCCGUACCAGAAUACAGCUCACCAGAACCACCCCACUCUCCAGCGAAUGCUCACCUCAGGAACCCCCCAGCAGCAGUAUGCCACUCAGCAACAGCAGCACUCUUAUAAUCCUCAGAUGCCCUCGCACCACUUAGGACCCCCUCCCCAGUACCCCGCUACAAUGGGGCAACACCCCAUGCCGCAGACAGCUGGCUAUCCUCAAGUGCUCGGCCAGCAGGCACGCCCAGUUCCGGCCCCCUCACCGAUGGGACCGCAGCAUAUGCCCCAACAGAUGCAGUACAGUGGUACCAAUCAAGGCAUGGUAAUGGACCAAAUGGAACCAAAUUUUAUGUAUCAGCAAAGUCAGCCUCAACAGUACGCUCUGAACUCGUCAAACAACAACAACAGUUAUUCCCAAGGUGACAUGUUGAGUGCACUCACACCUCAAGAUAGGCUCUCAAAAUUUGUUGAGAAGUUAUAACCACAAUGGAACUUUAAUACUGUAAUAAUGUCUAGUUUCAUUCUUCUAACUGUCUUUCUGAAUGGGCUACUCAUUUCAAAUUCAUCAUGGUUUGUAUUUAUAGUGCUCUCGCUCAGUGUUGUACGUUUUCUCUUCUCUGUGAUUUCAAUCUGUGUUUUGUCAUAGACCUAUGAACACCAUUUAAUUAAGCUUUCUGUCCUGUUUUAUUUUGCACUCCCAGUUUAAUAAUGUCCCAACCUAGGUAUGCUCAAAGAUAUAUAUGUUAGCAUCUCAUUCUUUGCUAUUCAUUCACAUUCAAGACUUGUGCUGCACUUCAAACAGUCUGUUCCAUUUUCUAUUUGGGGAACAAAAAUGUCAUUUCAUUUUUUGCUUUUAUCACAAGCACUCACACCAUAACAGUAAUGUGUGUUACUAUUUUCUCUUCUUUACUUGAAACAUGUUCAUUGUGUAUUUAUGUGCAUGAUGUUUGCUAAUGA